UCAAGCGCAGCCGCAGAAAGUGCGCAGUGCCGGUCCAGUGCUCGGUGAUCCUGACUUCUCGCAGCCCGGUCCUGGAUAUGUGAUGUAUUUUCUCUUAGUUUAGCCUUGAUUUAAUACGGUGCCGAACAUCAGUUGCUGUGAACGGAGAGGUGAUCGUAGCAGGCCUCCUGACCUCUAUCAGAGCAUGUCCACCAUGGUUUACCCCCAUGAGGAGCGACUGGAGAAGCUGACGCAGGAGGAGAUCAUCUCCAGCACUAAACUGGUGAUUCAGGGUCUGGAAGCUCUCAAGAGUGAGCACAACUCCAUCCUGCAGAGUCUGCUGGAAACCAUUCAAUGCUUAAAGAAAGAUGAGGAGGCCAGUUCGGUUCAUGAAAAGUCCAACCUUCUGCGCAAGUCUGUUGAGAUGAUUGAGCUGGGCCUGGGUGAAGCACAGGUGAUGAUGGCCCUGUCCAGCCACCUAAAUGCAGUGGAGUCAGAGAAACAGAAAUUGCGUGCUCAGGUGCGACGGCUCUGUCAGGAGAACCAGUGGCUGAGGGACGAGCUGGCAAACACUCAGCAGAAACUCCAGAAGAGUGAACAGAGUGUCGCACAGCUGGAGGAGGAGAAGAAACAUCUGGAGUUCAUGAACCAGCUCAAGAAAUAUGAUGAUGGCACCUCGCCAGUGGAAGAGAAAAACAGUGAGACUCCCAAAGAUACCCUGGACGAUUUGUUUCCCAAUGAUGAAGAUGACCAGGUCUCACACCAGCACAACAGUGCCGCGGUUGCUGCCGCACAGCAGGGUGGGUAUGAGAUCCCAGCCCGCCUCAGGACCCUCCAUAACCUGGUGAUCCAGUACGCAGCUCAAGGCCGGUACGAGGUGGCCGUGCCUCUCUGCAAACAGGCUCUGGAGGACCUGGAAAAAACCUCUGGACACGACCAUCCCGAUGUAGCCACCAUGCUCAACAUCCUGGCUCUGGUCUACAGGGACCAGAAUAAAUACAAGGAAGCUGCCCAUCUUCUUAAUGAUGCCCUGUCAAUCAGAGAAAAGACCCUGGGCAAUGACCACCCAGCUGUGGCGGCCACUCUCAACAACCUGGCGGUCCUGUAUGGAAAGAGAGGAAAAUACAAGGAAGCAGAACCGCUGUGCAAGAGAGCCUUGGAAAUCAGAGAGAAGGUGUUGGGACGGGACCACCCAGAUGUAGCCAAGCAGCUGAAUAAUUUGGCCCUGCUCUGUCAGAAUCAGGGGAAGUAUGAGGAGGUGGAGUAUUAUUACUGCAGGGCUCUAGAUAUCUACGAGAAAAGACUCGGACCUGAUGACCCAAAUGUCGCCAAGACCAAAAACAACCUGGCUUCAUGCUAUCUGAAACAGGGCAAGUACAAGGAAGCUGAGAUUCUCUACAAAGAGAUCCUGACGCGCGCCCAUGAGAAAGAGUUCGGAUCUGUAGAUGCUGAAAAUAAACCCAUCUGGAUGCACGCUGAGGAAAGAGAAGAGAGGAAAGGAAAGCUAACAGAUGGGAAUCAUUAUGGAGAAUAUGGGGGCUGGUACAAAGCCUGCAAGGUGAACAGCCCCACGGUAAACACCACGUUGAGGAACUUGGGCGCUCUGUACCGUAAACAGGGUAAACUAGAGGCGGCCGAGACCCUAGAGGAGUGUGCCAUGAGGUCCCGCAGACAGGGAGCGGCAGUGGACCCUCAGAGAGAUGGAGACAGGCGGAGGAGCACUGCGUCAAUCUCCAGUGUGAAGUACGACUGCAGCAAUGAAGGCGGAGAAGAGGGCAGUGUGGAGUGGAAUGGGGAUGGAUCUCUCAGGAGAAGCGGCUCUUUCGGUAAACUCAGGGAAGUCCUGCGCAGAAGCAGCGAGAUGCUGGUGAAGAAAAUCCAAGGAACUAUGCCACCUGAACCUCGCAACACAAAUAUGAAGAGAGCUGCGUCCCUCGGUUACCUGAACAGUAAUGGAGAUGAUGACGACUCUUUUCAGGGUUCGGGGGCAGUGAGGACACUGAGAAACAGCAGACCUCUGAGCUCAAGCACAGUGGAGCUGUACAAAAGCACAGACCAAUGAAAAAUACAUAUGUUCUCUGACCCAUUUCUCACUAGAUUUGUAUAAGUUGGAAGCUUUGGUUCAUGUGCUUUUAAUCAUGAACGUUUUUGGCUUUUCAUUUUGCAUUCUCUCACACACUCACAUAUAUCAUGCAUGUUUCACUUUCUUCAAGGAAUAGUUCAUCCUUAAAUGAAACUCAUCAUGUACUCACUCUCAUGUGAACCACAAAUUUAACUAUGUUCACACAGCUCUUUUCCAUACAGUAUAAGUGAAUAGAGAUGGGUGCUGCCAAACUCCAAAAACAAUAAAAAAAAAGCUCCAUAAAAGUAGCCUAUACAACUUGAGCACUGAAGUCAUACUGUAUAGACCAAAUUGCAUGUCUUCUCUGAGGGUGAAGAAGUUAAUUGAUAAUCUUUCCCUCUGCUGCUGCUCCAAAAUCUACUGAAUAUGCGGUAGCUUGUGUGGAAUAAGAGUAUAUUGUACGAGUCGUAAGCACUACUUAUAUGGUGCCUUUUAGCAUUGUGACAAAGACACAAAUGAAAUAAACAGUACUUUAAGUUGUUCAGGUAGCUCUAUCUAGUAUUCAGGUACAAAAUACUACAGAAAUUGAAUAAUGAAAUGUAAAAAUAAAACAUUGCAUAGACUGUAUGAAUUAAAUAUAGAAUGAUUUUUGGUAAAGAAUGAUGUUAUAUCUCACAAUUCGUACUUUUUUCUCGCAAUUGCGAGUUUACAUCUCGCCAUUCUGACUUUUUCUUGCAAUUGCGAGUUUAUAUCAAAAUUCUGACUUUUUCUCACAAUUACGAGUUUAUCUCACAAUUCUACGGAGCUCCGCACAUGACAUGCAGGAAAAAAAUAGGAUAAACCGUGCGCACGCUUUACUAAUUCGUUCCCUCGAUUUAUAAACCAUGCACACGAUUUACUAAUUCCUAAAUCGUGAACACGAUUUAGCAAAUCGAGGGAACGAAUUAGUAAAUUGUGCGCAUGGUUUAUAAAUCAAGGGAACGAUCACAAUUCUGACUUUUUUCUUGCAAUUAUGAGUUUAAAUCUUACAAUUCAGACUGUUUUUACUCACAAUUAAUUGGGUUUAAUAUGAGUUUACAUCUUACAAUUCUGACUUUUUCUUGCAGUUGUGAGUUUAUAUCACAAUUCUGUCUUUUUCUCACAAUUACGAGUUUACAUCACAUUCUGACUUUUUUCUCGCAACUGCAAGCUUAUAUCUCACAAUUCUGACUUUUUUCUUGCAAUUAUGAGUUUAAAUCUUACAAUUCGGACUGUUUUUUCUCACAGUUGUGAGUUUAUAUCACAAUUUUGACUUUUCACAAUUACAAGUUUACAUCUCGUGAUUCAAACUUUUUUCCUUGCAAUUACGAGUGUAAAUCCCACAAUUCUGACUUUUUUCUCGCAAUUACAAUUUUGAUUACUGGAAAAGGAUAUCAUGAUUGGAAAGAUCGAGGGUACAAGGUGCAGAGGAAGACCACCAAUGAGAUGGAUCUCCGAUUACAAAGACAACAGGAUGAACCGUGGAGGCUCUCAUCAGACUAGCAAAAAACCGAAUCCUUUUUAAUUCUUUAGUCUAUCAAGUCACCAAGAUUCGAAUCCGAGCUGACGGGACAUAACAACAACAAUAUCCCACAAUUAAAUUUUUCUUUUAACUGUGAGAUAUAAAUUCAUAAAUGCAAGAAAAAAGUCAGAAUUGUGUCACAGUUCCAUGCAACCUUCCAUAAUCGAUAGGCACUUUAUAUUAUUUCCACGAUAUAUAUCAUAACACCACUCAGCCCUAGAUGAAGCUGAGUAAAUGAUGACAGAAUUGUAAUUUUUUGGGUGAACUAACCCUUUAAACUUUCUUAAAAUCUAUAACAACUGCCUAAAUAUUACUUGCAAAAUGUAAUAUUUUAUGCUGAAAACACUGGAGUGUAAUGGCUGCUAUAUGGGAGGCUUUGUGUACAGUUUUGAAUUAUGUAAUGAGUGAUUUUAACCCUAGUGGGAAAGACCAGAAAUCCACCUGGCUCAUUCUCUCAGGUAUUCAAUAUCCUUUGACACAUAUUUAGCAGUGAAAUUUGACCUCCCAUGACAAAAAACCCUAAAAGAAACCCAGUGCACGAGCAUUGUUCAAACAGAGCGCCAUAGAGGUGUUAUGUUCCUCCUGACCUGAUUCAUCAGUCAUGCAUGUCAGUCAUUUACUUCAGUUGCUCAUUCAUUAUGUUAUGAAUAUGUCCUAAUUUAUAGGUAGUGCCUCUGUGUCUGUAACUGCCUGUGUAACGUAUUGUUUUUUUUUACUGUGCAAGUUUCAAAAGCCAACACCUUGUCAUUUUUUCAAAUUUAAAUUGCAAAUCAAAUUUUGAAUAUAUAUGGAAUCUGUAUAUAUGGAAUUUGAAUAUAUGGAACAUACUUUUAUUGGUUUGUUAUUUGUACUACAAAAACCAUGUGCGAGCUUUACAGUUCACAUGUGUUAUUGAACAGCCAGUUUCAUUGUUAAAGACGACUUGGUUAUCCUGUCUAAAAUUUCCAAUCAUUUCAUGCUCCAGUGUCCACGGACUUCUCAGGGCUCUGGCUGCUGAGAUUUGUUGGUAUAAACAUCUAAAUUUGAUUUGAGAGUCAAUUGCUGGGCAAAAUCUUGAUGCUUCGACUGUCUGAUUUGGUUUAAUUGAAAUAAAAAAGUUUUAGUGAAAUCA